AUGGCGCCUGUCAUCUUCGGCUUGCCUUUCAGCGAGUUCACGUGGUCCAAGUUCGGCAAUGCAAACAUGUGGAACAAUGUCUACCACUUGAGAAGAACCAAGUUCAUCGUGUACCAGCUCGCCAUGAUCUUCUGUGUCGUCUCAGAAUCUCUUGGAACCGACGCCUUGUCAAGAUUUGUCAGCCAGCAGAAAUGGAUCCAAUCUCACGGCGGCGCCGGCGCCAACGAAUACAACAACGACUAUGUUGGUGUUGCAUCCUACAACAUCUUCGCCGGCAUCUACGUUGCUACCAUCUUUGGUGGCGCUUUCUUCUUCGACCUGAUCUGGCCUGAGAGACACGAGGACCACGGUGUCAGAGUUGCCUGGAAGCUUUCUGCCAUUGCUGGUAUCUUCAUCCACCUUGCCAGUUGUAUCGCCAUGACCGUCAUUGUCGCCACAAGAAGCGCCUACGUUACUGGUGUAAGCACAGCCGAUGGCAACAGACUGGUCAUGGAGAACGGAAAGACUCCUCUCGACUACAGGCACAGCGCCAGAAUCGUUACCUCUGUCGUCUUCGGAUGGAUUGGUUGGAUCUUUGUCAUUGCCAGCACCGUCAUUCUUGUCGUCGGCAAGACCCACGAUGAGAAGGUUGGACCUUGGAGCACUCAUGUCCGCGAGGCCAAGAAGAACAACAUCGACGUCGAGUCCAACUUCGUUUCUGGACAUGCAUCCGAGAAGCCCUUGACAAACCCUCUUACUGGCGAGCAACCCGAGGCCCUCGCCCCCAACCGUCCUCAAGCUGCCCAUGUCAGUGAGCCUGUUCGUGGUCAGAGCGCCUCAAUGGAUGCCUCGAACAACCACAGCUUCGACUCGAGCGCACCUCCCGUCAACCCUUCCCACGUUUAA